AAGCAUUCUUUUUUGGUGCAAAAGGAGACAAGGAGUCAGGAAGGGCUUGAGGGAAUAUCGGACGAAUGCCUUCCAUUUUAAGCACGCCCAACGCUCGUAAUAACUGGUAGGUGCCGAAUUCUGCUCUCAUCGACGGCGACCACGACUUGCUUUUCCCACGCCAUUCCCCUCCCUUAACAUUUGUCAAAUUCUCCAGUUUGAUCGCCUCUAUAAGAGCAGCCUCACGAACGAAAGCCUCUUCAUCGGAAACACUGUGGUUGAUUUGCAGACAAACAACACCGUUUCCGUUUUUCCAGAUUGAAUCAAUACGUUGAAGUUUCGCGUUUGAAGUCAAUUUCGGCGACUUCAGCUCCUUCUCCUUUUUCGCUUCGAUUAGAUGAGCUAGAGGGCGUGCCUUUGAACCUUUCCCGACAUAAAAAAUUGAUUGCACGAAACUUUUCAGAUCCAUUGAAUCCACGUCAACACUAAUCUUUCUAGGAUCCAGGAGGAGAUAGCAGAAGGCAGUCACACCAGCUAGUUGGAAUUCUUCUCGGACCUGGUCAUCUAACGGUUUCCCCUUCUCGGCUGUUGAUAUAUCCAACAUUGCCAUUUCCAAUUGACGCGAAUAUUUCACUCCUUUCACAGUGGCUGCACCACGACGCAUUGCAACCAACUUUUUCUCAUACAUCCCUCGCGUCCUGGCACACAUAGGUCCAGCAACAAUGCCAAAUUUCCUCAGCUCAGCUUUUAACUGCGCAUCAUUGAGGCGACGAACCUUUCGCAAUUGACCAUCAUCAACAUUUGGUGAAAAAAUUGCUCCAUCGAUCCUCAUCUGAAACAUAAGCUACUUGCCAAAGAGGCGAGUUCUUAUCAAAGGGGCCACAACCAUUACCUGCUGAACUUUUCUUUGCAAAUCAGCUAUGUCAAAGCUUUCUUCGGCUGUGGCAUACGCCUUUUCACUAUCUUGGCUGCUGUCCUUUUCACUUAACCACUUGGAAAGAUCAUCAGCCGGCAUCUCUUCAAUGGGUGGCGCCGACGGUUCAGGUCGUGAUCUUGGGGUCACCGGUGCGAGCCUGGCUGUUCUCCUAUGAUCCACCAUAACGGCAGGACUUAGAGCAGGCACUCGUGCUGCUGGUUGAGAUCCCAUCGGUAAAUGAUGUGGCGUGUAAGCUUUGGUAGUUUGUGGAAAGCGAAGAUGACGAUCCCGAUCGAACUUCAUCUCGGGAUCACUGUGUGAUCGUCUUGAAUUUGAUGGAAGAUCCACUGCAGCAGCAGCAGGUAUGCUGGGUUUAUUGAUGAGAACUCCUCGGGACGGCUUCGGCCCCGCAGGACGCGUCUGUUUAGAAGUUGUUGGCAAUGGCAUUAAAUCAGAGGUUGGAUAACCCGGACUAGCAAGUGUACCAGAACGAGGUGUCCCUGUAGGAGGAGCUUGACCGCUGAUUCCUGAAGUGGUAAUUGGUGAGGAAGUCGUAAAAGCUCGUGUCGGAGCGUCAGCGAUUGGAGGCCCUACGAGGCUUGGCCUCCUUCGGCCAACGUUGA